GCCUAUGCAGAUCGAAAACAACGUGAUAUGCAUUAAUCAAUCUGAUAUGACGGUGCAGAAACGGAACAAAGGAAUUAAUGGCCGCAACCUUCCCGGCGCGCCCCCCGAUCAUCCCCUACAGUCGGCAGCGCAGAUACGGCGUGAAGAUUGCGGCGUAUAUGAGACGAGGGCUCGAAAGUCGAAGACCGGGGAUUGCCGCCAACGGGACGACGCCGGCGCGGAUGCGGCCGCCGCUGACGCCGCUCCGUGGCGAGGGUCGGAGGCGGCUCCGUGGAGGGUUGGAGGGUUGCUCCAGCGGCGAGAGAGAGCGGUGUCGGCAGGGCUGCCGCCGCCGUCGGUCAACGCGCACGUAUCACGGGGUUCACACCCAUCUCUCGCGCUGCGGGCAUCUCGCGCUUGUCCCCCAGGGUCGGCCUCGACGUCGUCCGCGAGGCGGAUCGCCACCACCCACCCGACCGCCCGCCCGUCACCCUUUCUCCGCUCGUUCUCUCAAGUUAGUCGGACUCGCGAUUCGGCCGGGGGUUCGAGACGUUAUGCCGCUCCCGAGGUGCACACACACACCGCGCGGCACCGAUUAGGGUGGUGGUUUGCGCGCCGUCGUGAUGGAGGAGGGUGAGAAAUAGAGCACGGCACAGUUGCGUGUCUUAACCCGGGGACCUGUGACAGAGAGAGAGAGGAAGGAGAGAGAGAGAGAGAAAGAGAGUGAGAGAGAGAGGAGGGGAGAGAGGAAGAGAGUGCGUAAGUGCGUAAGUGCAGCGUUUCGUGCGUGGAAAUUAUCCCAAGAGGGGUAGACUCCGUAAGACUCCGAGACGGAGGCUUUCUGAUCGCGCGGAGGACCCGGGAUUUCUCUCGACUCGGGAGAUCUCGGCUGGGCUGAUCGUCAGCGGGAAGGGACGGGACUCGCGAGAGUGUCCCUCGGAGACAGCUGAGAGAAGAAGACUCGGAGGGGAAGGAUAUCGGACCUCGAGAAGCAGCAGCGUCUGCCUCGAAAGUCGCGGGCGACACACACACACGCGCACACACACAUACACACGUCGGUGGCGCGUCGGUGAUGUCGAUCGCGGGAUCCUCGCGGGAGCCCAUCGGUGCACCGUCAGGUCCGAUCCUCGCCUUCGUGCGUCCUCGCGCUACGUGAAGCGACACGAGGGACGUGCUGUCGCUCCCGCGAGCGUGAUUUAACAUCCCAUCGGGGGAAUUAUAUACGCGCCGGGAGGGCUGUAUCGGGGCAGGCCAAUCCAGGAGAUCUAACGAUCGUGGAUCGAUCCGAUUCGUCGAGCGAGGACGCGUGUACAGGCGGGCGUGUAAACAUCGAUGUACCAUGAGAGAAAGAUAGAGAAGAUAAAGAGAGAUAGAGGAAAACGAUAAUUAAGCGUAAGGAAGUGAGAAUCGCGAUGAUGAUCUCCACCGUCUCUGGGAAUUCCCGUGGCAAGUCCAGGACUUCGUGCACGACCCCCGCGCACCUACGGGACAGAUGCCCCGUAACGAUCGUCGUCGACGUGCGACCGCACGAGGGGUGGUAGCGCGCACCGCAGGAUCGGAGGAGCAGCAGCAGCAACAGCAGCAGCAGCAGCAGCAGCAGCAACGGCGCCAGCAGCAGCGGCGACAGCAAUAGCAGCUGGUCGAAGCUAAUACGCGCUUCCGGCACCGUGCACCGCGCGCGCGGGGCGGAUGCGGAACGACGACGACGACGACGGGACGCGAUGGCCGGUGGUGCGUGCACGGAAGCGGCAUUACGCGAAACGCUAGUCGAAGCGGUGAUCAAUAAUAAGAAGACGCCCCGGCUCGCCGAGGGUUUGUAGAACCGGCGAUCGCUGUCUCUCACGCCGUGGCUUGCGAGGCAACGUCGCCGUGAGGAUGUAGGGGGGCCCGCGCUAACGGGCCCCGUGGAGGCGCCGCUUAGCUUUCCUCUCCCGCUUCCCCCCUCGACCGCGCGAUACCCGGCCGCGAGAACGAUCUGACGACGGGGAAGCCAGAGGCGCGCGAUUUCGAA